AUGUCUUUGGCUAAACAAGAAACGAGCUUAGAGAAGCACGUGGAUGAAAAGAAUAACGGAACGUCUACUUCUGGUGUACUAUAUGACAGUGCAAUAAUUUUAGAAGGUCAUACAAGAUCUGUGAACACAUCUAAAUUCAACCAAGAUGGGUCAUUGAUAGCUACGGGAGGUAGUAAUAAUUCAAUACAAUUAUGGAAAUUACCGACUGAAAAUGUCAAUUUAAACAUUGCAUCAUUAAAUGGACAUAAACGUGCAGUGACCUCGCUAUGUUGGUUGACAGAUGUAUUGGUAUCGGCAAGUGCAGACCAGUCCUUGGGAAUAUGGGAUACAUAUACAGCACAAAAGUUACGCAAACUAGUAGGCCACAGUAGUGUUAUAAAUCAGGUAAUUGGUUUAAAUGAGACCUCAGCAGCGUCCGUGGCAGAUGAUGGCAAAAUGAUGAUGUGGGAUUAUAGAGAAAAACACAACAUUGCAAGCAUUGAGACUGGAUUGCCUUUAUUGACGGCUUGUUGCCAAAGGGGAAAAAACAACAACACUAUAUACUUGAGUGGUAUCAAUCCUCAAAUAGUAGCAUUUGAUAUAAGAAAUCUCAAGCAGGAGUUAUGGAAAUUCAACAGUCAACUAGAUACAGUAACAAGUCUAGUCACAUCUCCCGACGGGUCGACACUAGCUAUGCGAACGUUUGAUGGCUUGGUGCGAACGUACAAUAUUAACAGAGAUCCUUCAAAGCCACCGAGUUUGGGAUCAGUACUCCUAGGCACUCCCUCCGGUGAUCAUUAUUGUUCUAUCAAAGCAUGUUUCAGUAACAACAAUGUUAAGGUUUUGUCUGGUUCAGAAGACGGCACGGUCAUAGCCUGGGAUCAUUUGAGUGGAUCUUUACUUGGUAAAUAUCAAGGACAUCAGGAUGCAGUUUAUGAAGUUGACUAUCAUCCAAAAAUGGAUAUACUUUUGAGCUGCUCCGCAGAUGGCACAGCGAUUGUAAGAGAGCUAUGGCAAUAA